AUGGAUUCUACUGCCACAAAGCCUCAACUUCAAGAUGUGGAAAGGCUCGAGAAAUUCAAUGGAUUAAACUACAAAAGAUGGAGCAUGAAGAUGAUUUAUCAGUUAACAGUUGCAAAAGUUGUUUAUGUCCUCACCACUGCUUAUCCUCAAGAAAAGUCAACUGAAACUGAAGAUGCCACAUCUCAGUCCUCUUCUCAGAUUCAAACUCCAAAUGCAGAAUCUCAAACCUUAUCUCAAAGCAAAUGGAUUGAAGAUGAUUACGUGUGCAGAUUCAUGAUUUUGAAUGCUAUAAGUAAUUCCUUAUUCAAUGUGUUCCACUUAUACAAAGCCGCCAGUGAAUUAUGGACAUCACUCAAAUGCAGGUAUGUUAAUGAAGAUGCAGGCAAUAAAUCUUUCCUAGUGAACAAGUACAUUGACUUUAAAUUUGUUGAUACUAAGCCUAUCAUUGAUCAAGUCAAUGAACUCAAUGAUAUCGCCACUCAAUGUGCCACUGCUGGGGAAUCUAUUUCUGAGACUUUCCAAGUGACCACUAUAAUUGGGAAACUCCCAUCCUCAUGGAAGGACUACCAAAAAAUUUUAAAAGACAAAAAGAAGUCUUUGAAUUUGGAUCAACUCCUUCAGCAUAUCCAAAUUGAGAGUGAGGCAAGAAAUAGAGAUGCACCUGACAAAACAGAAAGGAACAGUGUCCAUACUGUUGAAGGAAAUUCAAUGAAGAAGAAGUUUGUGAAAGGAAAAGCAAAAAAGCCGGAGGCUGAUGUGAUAGGAAAAGACUUGGUUGCAAUGCUUAAUGAAGUUCUCAUGGUCAACUUAGAUGAAAAUUGGUGGCUUGACUCAGGAGCAACAUGUCAUGUGACUCCACACAGGAAUGUAUUUAAAACAUAUGAAGCAAUUGCAGAUGGGAAGACUGUCUUCAUGGGGAAUUCCUCCACUUCUGUAGUAAUGGGUGUUGGAACAGUAGAACUUCCUCUUUCUUCUGGGAAGAUUAAGACAUAUUGGUUCUCAUGCUAUGCAACGUAUGAUAUCCUAUAA